AUGGGCUCAAUUGGGUGGUCUCGACGAACGGUUAUGGGCUGGAAAGGCGGCAUCUUGCGUGGUGGGUCGUUUUCUUUAAUUUGUGGUUGUAAAGAGGGUGGUGUGGCAGUUCUGGUGUUUCUGUGUCACGGACUAGGACACUUUCUGUCAAAGCUUUUAACUGGGAAUUGCAAUUUGAUGGCCCCCUCAAAAACUCUUUUUCUCCAAGCCUCCCUUCUGCCAAAGCUGACGCUUGAACUGAACUUGUUUAUAGUUUACCAUUCAUAUUGUGGUAAAGGACUGACAAAGCUGAUUCACUUGGGAACCUGGACAGCAAUGUCUUCAUCUUCUCGUAUUCUUCCCACUCCCCUAGAAAACAAGUAUAUGAAACCCCCAGAUUCUUUUCAUCUUUCACCUGCCAGUGAUCUGGCUGCCAAAUCUGUCUCAUCUAAUGCAAUCAGAAGUGCCGGGAAGAUGAUCUCAUCACCCUCUGAAUUUACUGAUGGCAUCCCCUUUUCCUCUGCUUCACUUCAUGAAAGGCAAUAUCAAGAUUCCCCCUUCGUUUCUUCGACAUUGGGUGACAAUGUGUCUUCCGAAAUACACUCAACGUCAUUCAUUCCUCUCCCUCAAGAAACCGAAGAUAUUACCUGGGGACCAGAUCCAUUUCAGGAUAUUCUAGGGUUUCCGGAAAAUAUGUCUGUCCAGCAUGAUCAGGAGGGAAAUAAUGCCUGUUACAUAAAUGAUGAUAAUGUUAAAAGAACUGAUUUUGGGGAGUGGGUUGAUCAGUUAAUGUCAAUUGAAGAUUCUCUUCACCCAAACUGGAGUCAGCUUCUUGGUGAUGAUAAUGUAGCAGAACCAAAACCAAAGCCAUUGCAGGUUCCUCAGCUGCAGGAUACACAAUCUGGAGAAGUUCUUGGCAAUUCAGGAGCAACCACACCACAGACUAAGACCAGAAUGCGUUGGACUCCAGAACUUCAUGAGGCCUUUGUGGAAGCAGUCAAUCAGCUUGGUGGUAGUGAGAAGGCUACUCCAAAGGGUGUGUUGAAUCUAAUGAAAGUUGAGAGCCUUACCAUCUAUCAUGUAAAAAGCCACUUGCAGAAGUAUAGAACUGCCAGAUACAAACCAGAGCCAUCAGAAGGAACGUCAGAGAAAAAGGCGACUCCAAUAGAAGAAAUGAAAUCUCUAGACCUGAAAACGAGUAAAGGGAUCACUGAAGCAUUACGAUUGCAGAUGGAACUCCAGAAGCGACUUCACGAACAACUAGAGAUCCAAAGAAAGUUGCAGAUUCAAAUUGAAGACCAAGGGAAACGUCUUCAGAUGAUGUUUGAGAAACAAAGAGAGAUGGGUGACAACAAGGUUAAUGGCUCUUCCCACAAGGCCACCACUGUCACCACUCCAUCAGACACAGUGCUUCCUUCUUCUCCUCUGGUAGAAACCUCAAAUGAAGAACGUGUGAAAGGCAUGGAUGAAGAGAAGGAUGAAAGCACAAAGCAAAAGGAGGGUGAAGGUGAAGAAGUGAUGAAUGAAGAUGAAGUUGCACCACCUACAAAACGGGUGAAAAGUUCAUAA